AUGAGUCGGGCCGGGCCCUGGUGCCUGCUCCUGGCCGCGGCCUGCGCCCUGGGCCGGGCCCCGCCGCCCCCGCGGGCCGCCGUGCGCUGCCCGCCCGCCGGCGCCUGCUUCAGCGCCCACCUCGCCGACGUCUCGUACGCCGAGGCCCGCGGAGACUGCGACCGGCGGCGGGGCAGCCUCGCCUGGGUCAGCGGCGAGCCGGAGCUGCGCCUGGUGCUGGAGCUGCUGGCAGAGGCGGCGGUGCCCGCGCCCGCGCUCUUCUGGGUCGGGCUGAAGAGGAACGCCUCCGCCUGCACCCACGAGGAGCAGCCGCUCCGCGGCUUCUCCUGGGAGGGCGUCGGGGGUGGGACGGCCCCGCUGGAGGUGCCGGCGGCGCUGGGCCGGUGGCUGCAGGAGCCCCUGCGGUCCUGCGUCAUCGCUCGCUGCGCUGGGCUGCACCUGGCGGCCGAGCCCGGGGGCAGCCGCAGCUGGGGCUGGAAGGAGCAGUCCUGCCACCUGAAAAGCCCGGGCUACCUCUGCAAGUACCAGUACGAAGGUGCCUGUCCCGAUCUCAGUCCCGCGGGCGCCCUCGACCUCGACUACCGGCUCCCCUUCGAGGAGCGCAGCGGCGGCCCCGGCUUCAGCCCGCCGGGCACCGAGCUGACGGUGGCGUGUCGCGGCGGGGAGCUGCGGCUCACCUGCCAGCCCGAGCCGGGCGGCUUCGCCUGGAAGGCGGCAGACAAGCCGCUCUGCCCCUGCCCCUUCGGUCGCCGGAGCCCGGACAGCGGGCGGUGCGCCGAGGCCGCCGGGUGCCGCGAUGCCGCCGGCGGCUUCGCCUGUGCCUGCACCCCGGGCGGCCCGGACGGAGCUGCCUGCCCGGGCACGGGGCCGGCCCCCACCGCUGCAGGCGGCCCCGCGGAGCCGUCGGGGGCCAGGGCGGAGGGGCGGCGUCCUUCCAUCCCGACACCCAGCCGUCCCACGGAGCCGCCCGCCACCACCAGGGCCGCCUCCGGCGGAGAGAAGACGGCUGCUCCGCCGCCUUCCUCCUCUUCCAACUACGUUUUCAUCCUGGUGACGGUCGCGGUGGUGGUGCUGAUCAUUCUGGUCAUGACCGUCCUGGGGGUGUUCAAAAUCUGCUUUAACAAGAAAUCCGAGGGCCGCGGGGACAAGGAGCCGCCGGAGGCCGGCAGCAAGGCGGAGGCAGGCUCUGCCGAGCCCAGCGGAUCCGCGGGCGGUGAAUAGCCCCGGGCUGCCAGGGCCGCGUCCCUCGGGCUGCCCUGAGCAGCAGCUCCCACCCGGGCGAGCUCGGCUCGCCACGUCCCUCCUGCUCCGUGCCGUCUUGCCCCAGCCCUGCUGCCGCGGGGAGCCGAGGGACAGGCAACGCGGACUUGGCUGGGCACCUCUUGCACAUUACCGCACGCAGGAAAGACCGCGUAGCGACGUUCUUUUGAGGGGAUUGAAGUCUUUGGACAGUCAGGAGUUUUUAUCGUCUGAAAAGCAAUUAUUUCGGUGCUGAUUUCACUAAAAUAUAAAUAGAUCAGCCUGGCCGACAGAGCGAUUGCAGCUGCAACAAUUGUGCAUUUUUAUCCUCAGAAACUGUUCGUCGGGUGCCUUACUUGGAGCAAGCAUAAAGUGGACCACUUAGAGCACGUGCAUCUUGUAAUUUAGAAGUCACUCCUUGCCUAAGUGGUACUUGGAGGCUCUCGUUUUCAAUCUAAUUGCUGGAACUUUUGGAGAGGUGAACUGCCAUAAUUUUGGAUGAAACUGCAACCCAUAUGCUUUCAUACUGAUAUUCUUUAAAAAUGAAAGAGCAUUUCCAUACUUAGAAAGUCAUUAAACUGCUGAGGAAGUGAGAGGUUAAUGGGGAGUGAGUUUUAUACUUCAGCUGGUGAAAAGAAUAAAGGAUGAUGUGAAUCACUGCCCUGUUGUUACUUCACACUCAUUUUUAUUGUAGCAGAGAAUAAAUUUCUCAGUUACAGUUUUUCUCCUGAGUUGUUACAAAACUUCCUUUUUGUAAGCAAUAUGUGGCUCCCGUAGAAUCAGAUAAGGUGCUGACACACCACCUUGCGAGAGGAGUUAACCUGAGUCCAAAUGCGGCAUGCAAAUCUCAUUCUGUUUAGUCAGAUAUAUUGUUGUCCAUGGAAUCCCAUGAGAGUAAGGAAAGAUUCACCGUUUGUGCCCUUUUCUAAAUGAGGUAAACACUUCCUCUGUGAUUUCCCUUGGGAAUUCCUGUAGAGGAGCUUUCGUCCUGGCUGCAGAACUUGCUUUCUGUGCAGUUCAGAGUGCUUAUGCUCACUUAUUAUUAUUAUGGUUUUGGUUUUCAAUUAAAGUUGUAAUAUUAAAUAUUGAUUCAAAGUUUUCUGAGUGCAGUUAUACACAGCUAAUGGGUCUCACCCAGGCCUUUUGGGGUGCACGGAGAAUAGGGAAAUAUUUUCUUCCCUUGAGAUACCUUUAAGUUCUGAAAUGUCUCUUUAAAUACACUUGUUUGUUUUCCUCUCUUGACAGCUGACAUUCUGACUAUUGCUUUAAUUUUGACACUUCCCUGUCAAGUUUGAAGAACUCUGUUUAAAAAAUAAUGUGUUAUUUUUCUUGCAAGGAAAGAUUUGACGAUAAAUAUGGUGUAAACAUCUGCUAAGGAUAAAGAAUUUCAGAGUAUAAGUUUUUUGUUUUCCCUUCUCUCUCCCUUCAAUGGUGAUAGGCAGAUGCCACCUGGAACAGCCUUUUGUUUUUGGAGAAGAGGUCAGUGAUAUUUGUGAGCCAUCAGACUGUAGCCGUAAAUUCCCUUGUACCAUGGCAGGAAUUAAAUCCAACUAGGUGAGAAUGCUACUCAUUACAAGGUGACUCAUAAUCUGCAUACUUUUCUAAUCUGUUUAUCUGACAUUUGUAUUUCAGAAGGCAGGCAUUUUUCAUCUUGGGCAGGAGGCUUGAUUCUACAGAUUUGGAAAAUGACUUAGCCAUUAAUGCCUUAUUUCUUAAUAAGACUCCUGUUGCUGUCACUAAAAAUGAUUUCUUUUAUGGGUCGUGUAUGUGGAGCUCUCUUAUCAGAGGCUGUAUAAGCAAAUAGCAACUAAGAUGGAUGAGAGCCACUCUAAUUUUUUUUUCUAUGUUUUAGUCUUUCUCAUGUAUCAGAUAGCUGAACUCUUGAUGGGACCGUCCAGGUGUGUUUUUUAAGCUCUAGAAACUACCUCAUUCUCUGUUUCUGAGUCUUACCAAGCACACAACUAAGUGCUGAGUUAAGCACCUGACUACUUAUUUUGGCAUCUCUCAGAAUGUGACAUACUAUUUAGUUAAAAUGUACAAGUUCAUGCCCUUGUAAACCAUUCACCUGUCUCAUAAUUCCCAUUUUACUCCUCCUGUGAAAUCGUGUUUUGAUUUGAGAGUUCUUUUUCUCACACAAUUCAGAAUCAUCAGACAUUUGUCCAGAGGACUAACCAAGGGUUCAGCUGUGUUCCCCCUGGCUCAUAAUUUCACUCAUCUGAAGCCAGACUAUUUUGCAUCUAAGGAUGGGAUCCAUCUUACCUUGUGUAGACAUCUCCAACAGUUCAUCUAGACUUUUUUACUCAUCCUGACUCCCUUAAUAUCUGCUUGCAAUUAAUCUCUUUUUAGACUAGAUACUAAAAACAGGACCAAUUAAUUACUUCCUGAAAGUGCCCUUUCUCUGUAUUGACUGUAAGGAAGGCAUAUGGCCUUCUUAAAUGCCUGUAAAAUACACAUUUAAAAAUAAAUCAGAAAAAUCAGUUCACUUAAGUCUCCAGCUGUGCAAAUCAUUUAUUCUAAGAGCAAACUCAUGAUGCCUUCUGUCUCUUCAAGGCAAGGGUGUAUGGUCAUGAUUUUAUUAUUGCUUUAAUUACUUUUACUUGUUAGAAAUUCUUGUUUAGUACAUCUGGGGC